UCUCUAGGUAUACUGGGGUUAGUGUAGUUCUCUAGGUAUACUGGGGUUAGUGUAGUUCUCUAGGUAUACUGGGGUUAGUGUAGUUCUCUAGGUAUACCGAGGUUAGUGUAGUUCUCUAGGUAUACUGGGGUUAGUGUAGUUCUCUAGCCUUCUGUCAGACACUGCCAGUGUUACUAGCCUGACUGGUUCUGGAUUCAACAACACUGCCAGUGUUACGACCCUAUUCUGACUGGUUCUGGAUUCAACAACACUGCCAGUGUUACGACCCUAUUCUGACUGGUUCUGGAUUCAACAACACUGCCAGUGUUACGACCCUAUUCUGACUGGUUCUGGAUUCAACAACACUGCUCCAUCUCUCCAUCUCUCUGUCUCUGUCUCUCUGUGUGUCUGAUAGAUGAUGUAAUCUGAUGUGUGUGGGAACAAUAGCUCUGAUUUGAUUAUAUCACUAACCUGUCUGAUCUACUGAUGGUUGCAGUGAGCCCUGAUUAUAUCACUAACCUGUCUGAUCUACUGAUGGUUGCAGUGAGCCCUGAUUAUAUCACUAACCUGUCUGAUCUACUGAUGGUUGCAGUGAGCUCUGAUUAUAUCACUAACCUGUCUGAUCUACUGAUGGUUGCAGUGAGCUCUGAUUAUAUCACUAACCUGUCUGAUCUACUGAUGGUUGCAGUGAGCCCUGAUUUUGAUUAUAUCACUAACCUGUCUGAUCUACUGAUGGUUGCAGUGAGCCCUGAUUAUAUCACUAACCUGUCUGAUCUACUGAUGGUUGCAGUGAGCCCUGAUUUUGAUUAUAUCACUAACCUAACAACCUAACUCGCCGGUGGUAACAAAUCCUCAUUUUUUCUCUCUCUGUCUUCCCUCUCUGCUCCAUGCCUCACCAUCUGUCCUCCUUCCUUUCCUCCACCCGAUCCAUCUGUCCUCCUUCCUUUCCUCCACCCGAUCCAUCUGUCCUCCUUCCUUUCCUCCACCCGAUCCAUCUGUCCUCCUUCCUUUCCUCCACCCGAUCCAUCUGUCCUCCUUCCUUUCCUCCACCCGAUCCAUCACUCCUUUAACGCAUCCUGUCCAUGUCUAACCCCUGAUUUGGUGGUAACCGUGUGACAGUAGCCAUGCCUGUGUGUCCUCGCUCAGUGUCCUGCCACCCUAUGGGCUCUAUGUCCUUCAAGUCCAUCCAAUCCCAGCCUCUGACCGUCUGCCGCAGCCAAGAGCCACGCCGCCUCCGGGACAACACCAACCGCAGGAGGACCACCGGCAACGCACAGGUAAGAUAUCACAUGACAUCAUCGUCAAACCACGCCGUUAACAAAUGGCAUCAUCAAACCGCACCGGUAGGACUUGAUGUGUGCAUCGGUGAAAACCAGGUCAGUCGGACACAAUAGAUCAGUCAGACUGUGUGUGUGUGUGUGUGUGUGUGUGUGUGUGUGUGUGUGUGUGUGUGUGUGUGUGUGUGUGUGUGUGUCUGUGCUCUGCACCCAUCUGUCUGUUUGUCUGUGGUGGAUUAUGACAUUAAAGGUGCACUAUGCAGAAAUCGCUCCACCAUUUCCUGGUUGCUAAAAUUCUAAUAGUUUGCCUAAUUUCAGUUAAUGUGACAAAACAAGAAAGUAUAUUGUAGAGAAUUAUUGUACCAUCUAAACCGCUGAGAAAUAUAUUUUCCAUAACCAAAAAUAUUGUGUUUUGAAGUUGGUGUACAAAACCAAAAUGUAAAAGACGCAAAAACAAAACGUACAUUUACAUUAUUUAGCAGACGCUCUUAUCCAGAGCGACUUACAAAUUGGUGCAUUUCUUUUUAUUUUUUUACAUUUUUAGUCAUUUAGCAGACGCUCUUAUCCAGAGCGACUUACAGUUAGUGCAUACAUUAUUGUAUCGAACCCACAACCCUGGCGUUGCAAACGCCAUGCUCUACCAACUGAGCUACAUCCCCUGCCGGCCAUUCCCUCCCCUACCCUGGGACAAUUGUGCGCCGCCCCAUGGGUCUCCCGGUCGCGGCCGGCUACGACAGAGCCUGGAUUCGAACCAGGAUCUCUAGUGGCACAGCUAGCACUGCGAUGCAGUGCCUUAGACCACUGCGCCACUCGGGGCCUAUUCACCUUAUGAUAGCAAGUGACUUAAGGACGUGAAGCAUAGAAAUAGCGCACAUAGAACAUAUAUACAACUUCUUAGACUUGCGUUCAAUGAGAGUGACAGAUCUAUAACUCAUAGUUCUAUGCAAAUUUGGUCAGUUCUCCCAAAAAGUUACAUAUUGCAGCUUUUUAAAGACUUAAAGGCCCAGGGCAGUCAAAAACUUGAUCUUGCCUGAAAUUUCAGCCUGUUUUGAUGGGAUGGAGUUUUGGCCUUCCAUGGUGACAUCACAAUGCGGUAAAUUAGUUAAUAGCCCAAUAAGAAAUACAGUUCCAAACCUCUCAGCCAAUAACAGCUAGUUUUCAGUAUUUCCGCUCCCCACUCAGACCACUUGAGAAAUUGCUCUUUGCUAAGAAGCUAUUUUUAGUUUCAUUUUGACCACUUUAGUUGAAAACAAUCACAGUAAGGUACUUAAUUGUUAACCAGAAAUGAUUUUAUAUUGAGAUAAAAACGUCUGCUUUGGACCUUUUUUAAAGACCACAACCACUGCACUUUAUCACACACACACUGUCAAUACGCUGCCUUCAGUCAGAAUAUGGAAAUAAUGGCUAUCAGAGGAAGAGGAGGCAGUUCCACAUUCAUUGAAGAUAGAUGAAACUAUCUACUGUAUCUGACUGGAUUCUGUCUGCCAGCAUAACGUGUGUGCAUGUCUCUCUCUGCGUGCAUGUGUCUCUCUGCGUGCAUGUGUCUCUCUGCGUGCAUGUGUCUCUCUGCGUGCAUGUGUCUCUCUGCGUGCAUGUCUCUCUCUGCGUGCAUGUGUCUCUCUGCGUGCAUGUGUCUCUCUGCGUGCAUGUGUCUCUCUGCGUGCAUGUGUCUCUCUGCGUGCAUGUGUCUCUCUGCGUGCAUGUGUCUCUCUGCGUGCAUGUGUCUCUCUGCGUGCAUGUGUCUCUCUGCGUGCAUGUGUCUCUCUGCGUGCAUGUGUCUCUCUGCGUGCAUGUGUCUAAGGAUAAGCAUAAGGACUUUGUCAGGAAGUCUUGGAGCAACCUCUCCCUGCCUCUGACCACACCCCCUCUGACCACGCCCACUGCCAAGAGGUCCCGGUCACCAGGGAAACAGAGUAGAGUGACAGCGCCCUCACCUGGCAGGUUGGUAGAAUAGCAGCUCAUAGAGAUCCUAGAAUUAGACACUUUCUAAAAUAUGACUCUGUCAUUCUAUGGACUGUCUCCUGGACUACCUCACCUAGUGGAAGGAACUGUUACAGCAAUGUUAGUGGGUCAUAACCUGUUACAGCAAUGUUAGUGGGUCAUAACCUGUUACAGCAAUGUUAGUGGGUCAUAACCUGUUACAGCAAUGUUAGUGGGUCAUAACCUGUUACAGCAAUGUUAGUGGGUCAUAACCUGUUACAGCAAUGUUAGUGGGUCAUAACCUUUUACAGCAAUGUUAGGGGUCAUAACCUGUUACAGCAAUGUUAGUGGGUCAUAACCUGUUACAGCAAUGUUAGUGGGUCAUAACCUGUUACAGCAAUGUUAGUGGGUCAUAACCUAACUGUUACAGCAAUGUUAGUGGGUCAUAACCUAACUGUUACAGCAAUGUUAGUGGGUCAUAACCUGUUACAGCAAUGUUAGUGGGUCAUAACCUGUUACUGCAAUGUUAGUGGGUCAUAACCUAACUGUUACAGCAAUGUUAGUGGGUCAUGACCUAACUGGUACAGCAAUGUUAGUGGGUCAUAACCUGUUACAGCAAUGUUAGUGGGUCAUAACCUGUUACUGCAAUGUUAGUGGGUCAUAACCUAACUGUUACAGCAAUGUUAGUGGGUCAUAACCUAACUGUUACAGCAAUGUUAGUGGGUCAUAACCUGUUACAGCAAUGUUAGUGGGUCAUAACCUGUUACUGCAAUGUUAGUGGGUCAUAACCUAACUGUUACAGCAAUGUUAGUGGGUCAUGACCUGUUACAGCAAUGUUAGUGGGUCAUGACCUGUUACAGCAAUGUUAGUGGGUCAUAACCUGUUACAGCAAUGUUAGUGGGUCAUAACCUGUUACAGCAAUGUUAGUGGGUCAUAACCUGUUACAGCAAUGUUAGUGGGUCAUAACCUGUUACAGCAAUGUUAGUGGGUCAUAACCUAACUGUUACAGCAAUGUUAGUGGGUCAUAACCUGUUACAGCAAUGUUAGUGGGUCAUAACCUGUUACAGCAAUGUUAGUGGGUCAUAACCUAACUGUUACAGCAAUGUUAGUGGGUCAUAACCUAACUGUUACAGCAAUGUUAGUGGGUCAUAACCUAACUGUUACAGCAAUGUUAGUGGGUCAUAACCUGUUACAGCAAUGUUAGUGGGUCAUAACCUGUUACAGCAAUGUUAGUGGGUCAUAACCUGUUACAGCAAUGUUAGUGGGUCAUAACCUGUUACAGCAAUGUUAGUGGGUCAUAACAACUGUUACAGCAAUGUUAGUGGGUCCAUAACCUAACUGGUACAGCAAUGUUAGUGGGGUCAUAACCUGUUACAGCAAUGUUAGUGGGUCAUAACCUGUUACAAGCAAUGUUAGUGGGUCAUAACCUGUUACAGCAAUGUUAGUGGGUCAUAACCUGUUACAGCAAUGUUAGUGGGUCAUAACCUGUUACAGCAAUGUUAGUGGGUCAUAACCUGUUACAGCAAUGUUAGUGGGUCAUAACCUAACUGUUACAGCAAUGUUAGUGGGUCAUAACCUAACUGUUACAGCAAUGUUAGUGGGUCAUGACCUGUUACAGCAAUGUUAGUGGGUCAUAACCUGUUACAGCAAUGUUAGUGGGUCAUAACCUAACUGUUACAGCAAUGUUAGUGGGUCAUGACCUGUUACAGCAAUGUUAGUGGGUCAUAACCUGUUACAGCAAUGUUAGUGGGUCAUAACCUAAAGGCUUCUAGGUAAAGUGGUGCACUAUAAAGGGAAUAAGGUGGUAUUUCAGAAUAGACAAACACUCUCUACUCUCUGCCCCUUUGUUAUCCCUCCCCCCCACCCCUCCAGACCCCCCCAGAAGCUGUCCCUCCCUCCCCCCCACCCUUCCAGACCCCCCCAGAAGCCUUCCCCUCGCCCCCCCACCCCUAAGCAGCUGCGGUCUCCCAGUGGAGAGGACGUGGGGAACCUCAGGCCCAGUAGGACGGUGCCAGAGAGCCUGUCUCUGAUUGGAUCACAGGCAGGAGGACCUGAGGGAGACCAGGGGGCUAUGACCCCCACGCCCUCCCAGCCCCGCCCCCAGAGCCUGGGCCAACCCAAAGCCAGCCCCAGCACAGACACUAAAGACACACUGUCAGCAGUCUGCGGUGAGUUGAGGCUACAUACAGCAGCAGAGGAGUAUUUCUGUCUAUAAUAAAGCCAUAUUCUGAUUGGCUGGGCCUGGUUCCCCAGUGGCUGGGCCUGGUUCCCCAGUGGCUGGGCCUGGUUCCCCAGUGGCUGGGCCUGGUUCCCCAGUGGCUGGGCCUGGUUCCCCAGUGGCUGGGCCUGGUUCCCCAGUGGCUGGGCCUGGUUCCCCAGUGGGUGGGCCCGGUUCCCCAGUGGCUGGGCCUCUGUCCUCCCAGGCCCACCCAUGGCUGCCUCCUUGCCCAGUCAUGUUAAAUCCAUAGAUUAGGGCCUAAUGAAUUCAUUUCAAUUGAUUGAUUCCCUUACAUGAACUGUAAGUCAGUAAAAUCUUUGAAAUUGUUGCGUUUUGCGUUUAUAUUGUUGUUCAGUAAUACAUACACACACACACACACACACACACACUCGCCAGCUAGCGAUGAGUGGAUGUUACUCAGCAGCAUUAGUGUUAAGAGCCGUUCUGUUACUACGGCUAAUGGACGCUUCAUCCUUCUGCUGGAUUCUAGCUGCUUUGUUGGAAAUUCCACAUCACUACAUUGUACAGCCACAUGACGUGUGUGUGUGUGUGUGUGUGUGUGUGUGUGUGUGUGUGUGUGUGUGUAGAGUACGUGGGCAGUCCCCCAGCCCAUAAGCCUACAGCAGGCACCACAGACCCAGAGGAGGCCACACGGAUCCUGGCAGAGAAACGUAGACAAGCCCGGGAACAGAGGGAGAGGGAGGAGGAGAGGAGAGGCAAACAGGAGGAAGCAGAGAGGUACAACUGUGUGUGUGUACUUUGUGUACUUUGUGUGUGUGUGUGUACUUACUGUGUGUGUCCAGGUGUGGUCAGGAGGAGAUGGCUCAGCGUAAGGCUGAGGAGAGACAGAGGAGAGAGGAGGAGGAGGAGAGAGCCCAGCAGGAGAGAGACGAGGAGAGAGCCCAGCAGGAGAGAGACGAGGAGGAGAGAGCCCAGCAGGAGAGAGACGAGGAGAGAGCCCAGCAGGAGAGAGACGAGGAGGAGAGAGCCCAGCAGAAACAGGUCAGACAGAUGGUAACACACACUGUACUCUGCCUCUCUGGCAGUAAGGUCAGGUGGGGAGAGAGGUAAAGCCCCCGGGAGUAGAGGUUCCCGCCCGGGAGUUUGAGGGGAAGGCCGGGGAGUAGAGGGAUGCCGCAGUAGAGAUAUGGUUUAUAUAAUGAAUUUUUUAAAACCAAAAUUUUUUAUCCUUUUUUCCCCCCUUUCCCUUAAAAUUUUCCCCCCUUUUAACUAUGUAAUAUGUCUUUUUUCCCUCUCCCGUAUUUCUCUCUCUGUCUCUUUCUUUUUCUCUCUCUUUUUCUCUUCUUUUUCCUUCUCUCUAUGUAUCGCUUCCUCCCUUUUUUCUUUUCUGAUCUUUGGUCUAUCUCCUAUCUUUCUCCCCGUGUUCUCUUUUCUCUCUCUCUCUCUUUUCCCCUUGGGUUUUUCCCUGUCUCGUCUCUGUCUCUUGGGUUCUCUCUUUUCUCUCUUUUCUUCCCCCUUUUCUUUCCUCUUUUUCUCUCUUUCUGUUUUCUAUUUAUAUCUCUCUCUUUCUCUCUAUCUGGGUUUGAUCUAUUUUCUCUAUUCCCCUCUCUCUCUCUCUCUCUUUUCUGUCUCCUUCUGUCCCCUUUUCCGGGAUCUCUCUCUCUUCUCUCUCCGCUCCCCGCUCCCCGCCUUUUCGGGCCUCUCUCUCCUUUCUGUUGCUCUUGUCUCUGUUUUCUGUCUCUUCUCUCUCUGUCUCUGCUCUGCUCUCGGGGGGUCUCCUCUGGCCCCUCCCCCUCGCUCUUGGGCCUCCUCUGUCUUCUCUGUUGUCUCCCGGGUUUUGGGUUUGUCCGGCUUGUCUUGGGGUGUUGUUUAAAAGAGAGGAGGAGGAAUGGGCGUUUUAGAGGGAGGAGCCGGGAAAACUGAGGAAGGGGAGAGGGGAAACAUUUUUAGGGAAAAAAGAGGGUGAAAGGGCUGGAGGGAAAAAAGGUAACACCCGAUUUUUUACAGGGUUUUUCCCCGGGGAUGGUGUUCCGUUCAUGGUUCCGCUGCAAAUUGUUUUCAUGUGGGAAAAAAAAUUAAAAAAAUUUAUACUCCUACCAAGGUUUCACUUAAGAUGCACUAGGGAUCUACACUUUAAGAGGGAAAUGGUUAAACUACCCCUUUAAGAUGCGACGGUAUUACCAAAUUUAAGAUGUUUUGGCGCACGGAUCUACCCCUAUAAAAAUUUCACACGGGAAAAAUUUUUCACUUUAAAGAGCGCUCGGGGGAUUUUAAAUUUAAGAUGCGCCCCGGGGAUCUACACUUUUAAAAUGCCCUACGGUUCACAAUUAAGAUGGAAAUACGGGGGUUUUCCUUGUUCAAAGGGUUUAAAUUUAAAAUGCUUUUGGAUUUCCUUUGAUGUCGGGGACCCUUUAAAAAAUGCGCUACGGUAUUUACCCCCUUUUUAAAUGGUAUUUUUUUGUUUCGGAACUAAAUUUUUGGGGGGUUUAAUUUUGGUAUGGUCAAAAUUGGUUUGGAAGGAUUUUGUUGGGUUUUUGGCCGGGUAUUCCUUUUUUUGGGAAUUUUUCACCUUUUAAGGUGCCUUUUGGGGAUUACACUUUAAAAUGCCUAGGUAUUUCACUUUUAAAAUGCCCUAAGGUAUCUACACUAAAAAUGCACUUCCGGGGAUUACACUUUAAGAUGAGCCCAGGUAUCUCACUUUUAAGAUGCCUACGGUAUCUAAACUUUAAGAGCACUACGGUUUUCUACACUUUAAGGAGAGCUUUUUAAAAGCGCCCACGGUAUUUUACACUUUAAGUCGCUACGGUAUCUACACUUAAAAGGGCAUAUGGUAUCUUCACUUUAAGUGCCAAUUUAAAUUUUUUGGGAUUCUACAAAUUUAAAAUGCACUACGGAUUUUAACUUUAAAAUGCGCUAUGGUAAACUAAAAUUUAAGAUGCGCUACGGUUUUCUAAACUUUAAGAGGGAAUACGGUAUCUACACUUUAAGAUGCACUACGGUAUCUACACUUUAAGAUGCGCUAUGGUAUCUACACUUUAAGAUGCGCAAUGGUAUCUACACUUUAAGAUGCACUACGGUAUCUACACUUUAAGACUACGGUAUCUACACUUUAAGAUGCGCUACGGUAUCUACACUUUAAGAUGCGCUUAUGGUAUCUACACUUUAAGAUGCACUACGGUAUCUACACUUUAAGAUGCGCUACGGUAUCUACACUUUAAGAUGCGCUAUGGUAUCUACACUUUAAGAUGCGCUACGGUAUCUACACUUUAAGAUGCACUACGGUAUCUACACUUAAGAUGCCACUACGGUAUCUACACUUUAAGAUGUUUAGAGCGCUACGGUAUCUACACUUUAAGAUGCACUACGGUAUCUACACUUUAACGAUGCGCUAUGGUAUCUACACUUUAAGAUGCACUACGGUUAUCUACACUUUAAGAUGCACUACGGUAUCUACACUUUAAGAUGCGCUAUGGUAUCUACACUUUAAGAUGCGCUACGGGUAUCUACACUUUAAGAUGCACUACGGUUAUCUACACUUUAAGCAUUGCACUAUGGUAUCUACACUUUAAGAUGCGCUACGGUAUCUACACUUUAAGAUACGCUACGGUAUCUACACUUUAAGAUGCACUAUGGUAUCUACACUUUAAGAUGCGCUAUGGUAUCUACACUUUAAGAUGCGCUAUGGUAUCUACACUUUAAGAUGCACUACGGUAUCUACACUUUAAGAUGCGCUAUGGUAUCUACACUUUAAGAUGCGCUACGGUAUCUACACUUAAGAUGCACUACGGUAUCUACACUUUUAAGAUGCACUACGGUAUCUACACUUUAAGAUGCGCUAUGGUAUCUACACUUUAAGAUGCGCAAUGGUAUCUACACUUUAAGAUGCACUACGGUAUCUACACUUUAAGAUGCACUACGGUAUCUACACUUUAAGAUGCGCUAUGGUAUCUACACUUUAAGAUGCGCUACGGUAUCUACACUUUAAGAUGCACUACGGUAUCUACACUUUAAGAUGUUAGAGCGCUACGGUAUCUACACUUUAAGAUGCACUACGGUAUCUACACUUUAAGAUGCGCUAUGGUAUCUACACUUUAAGAUGCACUACGGUAUCCACACUUUAAGAUGCACUACGGUAUCUACACUUUAAGAUGCGCUAUGGUAUCUACACUUUAAGAUGCGCUAUGGUAUCUACACUUUAAGAUGCACUACGGUAUCUACACUUUAAGAUGUUAGAGCGCUACGGUAUCUACACUUUAAGAUGCACUACGGUAUCUACACUUUAAGAUGCGCUAUGGUAUCUACACUUUAAGAUGCACUACGGUAUCUACACUUUAAGAUGCACUACGGUAUCUACACUUUAAGAUGCGCUACGGUAUCUACACUUUAAGAUGCACUACGGUAUCUACACUUUAAGAUGCACUACGGUAUCUACACUUUAAGAUGCACUACGGUAUCUACACUUUAAGAUGCACUACGGUAUCUACACUUUAAGAUGCACUACGGUAUCUACACUUUAGAUGCCAACUACGGAUCUAACAAUUUAAGAUUGCAAUACCGGUAUCUACACUUAAGAUGCACUACGGUACUUAAGAUGCACUACGAUCUACCUUAAGAUGCACUACGGUAUCUACACUUUAAGAUGCACUACGGUAUCUACACUUUAAGAUGCGCUACGGUAUCUACACUUAAGAUGCACUACGGUAUCUACACUUUAAGAUGCACUACGGUAUCUACACUUUAAGAUGCACUACGGUAUCUACACUUUAAGAUGCACUACGGUAUCUACACUUUAAGAUGCGCUAUGGUAUCUACACUUUAAGAUGCACUACGGUAUCUACACUUUAAGAUGCGCUACGGUAUCUACACUUUAAGAUGCGCUUACGGUAUCUACACUUUAAGAUGCACUACGGUAUCUACACUUUAAGAUGCACUACGGUAUCUACACUUUAAGAUGCGCUAUGGUAUCUACACUUUAAGAUGCGCUACGGUAUCUACACUUUAAGAUGCGCUACGGUAUCUACACUUUAAGAUGUUAGAGCGCUACGGUAUCUACACUUUAAGAUGCGCUAUGGUAUCUACACUUUAAGAUGCGCUACGGUAUCUACACUUUAAGAUGCACUACGGUAUCUACACUUUAAGAUGCGCUAUGGUAUCUACACUUUAAGAUGCACUACGGUAUCUACACUUUAAGAUGCACUACGGUAUCUACACUUUAAGAUGCGCUAUGGUAUCUACACUUUAAGAUGCACUACGGUAUCUACACUUUAAGAUGCACUACGGUAUCUACACUUUAAGAUGUUAGAGCGCUACGGUAUCUACACUUUAAGAUGCACUACGGUAUCUACACUUUAAGAUGCGCUAUGGUAUCUACACUUUAAGAUGCGCUACGAUAUCUACACUUUAAGAUGCACUACGGUAUCUACACUUUAAGAUGCACUACGGUAUCUACACUUUAAGAUGCGCUAUGGUAUCUACACUUUAAGAUGCACUACGGUAUCUACACUUUAAGAUGCACUAUGGUAUCUACACUUUAAGAUGCACUACGGUAUCUACACUUUAAGAUGCACUACGGUAUCUACACUUUAAGAUGCGCUAUGGUAUCUACACUUUAAGAUGCGCUAUGGUAUCUACACUUUAAGAUGCACUACGGUAUCUACACUUUAAGAUGCACUACGGUAUCUACACUUUAAGAUGCGCUAUGGUAUCUACACUUUAAGAUGCACUACGGUAUCUACACUUUAAGAUGUUAGAGCGCUACGGUAUCUACACUUUAAGAUGCACUACGGUAUCUACACUUUAAGAUGCACUACGGUAUCUACACUUUAAGAUGCACUACGGUAUCUACACUUUAAGAUGCGCUACGGUAUCUACACUUUAAGAUGCUACAGUUAGAGAACUACGGUAUCUAUAUGUACUCCUCUUUGUGUUCCUUUGUGAGUCGUCUGGUUGCCAGUGGAGGAGAGACAUCACGGUAGCCUAUACAAUUUGAUAGACAACAACAACACUAAAUACAUAGCCAAUUCGAAACAGCUUGUAGCUUGGCUAGUUAACUACUUAGCUAUCUUUUAUUAGCAUGGAUUAAUGUCAUUGUCCUAAAAAACCUUCCAGCGGCAGUCGCGAAUAUCCACGAAUGGCCGACACGCACUCAUGAACGGGUGCGUUUUUAAACCAUGGUGUUUACUCUGCUUGUAAAACAUUUUUUUGAUCUAUCAAUAUUGGGAUUUAAGAAAUAAAUCUAGCACCAUUGGAAAGCUCUUUCUGAUAAACAUAGAAAUAUUCUUAUAGUAGCAUAAUUAACAAAUACCUCCCAUGCAGCCAAAAUAUCUCCCCUGCCCUGACAACUGAAUAUUUUAGCCUACAUUACAGUAUCAUAGAUGGACAUGGCGUAGCUGCCUCGGAGUAGAGCCAUAGAUGGACAUGGCGUAGCUGCCUCGGAGGAUAGCCAUAGAUGGACAUGGCGUAGCUGCCUCGGAGGAUAGCCAUAGAUGGACAUGGCGUAGCUGCCUCGGAGGAUAGCCAUAGAUGGACAUGGCGUAGCUGCCUCGGAGGAUAGCCAUAGAUGGACAUGGCGUAGCUGCCUCGGAGGAUAGCCAUAGAUGGACAUGGCGUAGCUGCCUCGGAGUAGAGCCAUAGAUGGACAUGGCGUAGCUGCCUCGGAGGAUAGCCAUAGAUGGACAUGGCGUAGCUGCCUCGGAGGAUAGCCAUAGAUGGACAUGGCGUAGCUGCCUCGGAGGAUAGCCAUAGAUGGACAUGGCGUAGCUGCCUCGGAGUAGAGCCAUAGAUGGACAUGGCGUAGCUACCUCGGAGGAUAGCCAUAGAUGGACAUGGCGUAGCUGCCUCGGAGGAUAGCCAUAGAUGGACAUGGCGUAGCUGCCUCGGAGUAGAGCCAUAGAUGGACAUGGCGUAGCUGCCUCGGAGUAGAGCCAUAGAUGGACAUGGCGUAGCUGCCUCGGAGGAUAGCCAUAGAUGGACAUGGCGUAGCUGCCUCGGAGGAUAGCCAUAGAUGGACAUGGCGUAGCUGCCUCGGAGGAUAGCCAUAGAUGGACAUGGCGUAGCUGCCUCGGAGGAUAGCCAUAGAUGGACAUGGCGUAGCUGCCUCGGAGUAGAGCCAUAGAUGGACAUGGCGUAGCUGCCUCGAAGGAUAGCCAUGUGAUUCCUUAUUCACUGAUUGAGGACAUGUGUUUAUGCCAUGUUUUGGUUGCAGGUCCAUGAAAUAGGCGAUAGCAUCUAAUAUCUCCCUCCAGGAGCGAUACUGGGUGUUCACAGCAGAUUCUACACAUCAGAUUCUACACAUCAGAUUCUACACAUCAGAUUUCUACACAUCAGAUUCUACACAUCAGAUUCUACACAUCAGAUUCUACACAUCAGAUUCUACACAUCAGUCUCAACAGGACCUGGAGCUGACUCGGCUGUGUUUGAGCAGGGCUGACUCAAAAGCCUGCACCCAGUAGCCUAGCUCUCCAGACGGAGAAUUAACCACAUGUUCUAUACAGUAACAGUGCUGUAUAUCCCCCCCCCCCCCACCCGUGGUAUCGUUAUGGUAUUGAGUAUCAUUAUACUAAGCUGGUAUUGGUAUCGAAGUCUAAAUUCUGAUAUUGUGACAAUAGUUAGAAUGUGUGAUCUAGCAGAUGAUUAGGCCAUUGGGGUGGUCAACCCCCAUGCUUCAGCCAUCUAUAGCCUAGCCGCUAUGCUACACCAGGCUACAGGAGAAGGCUCAAUGCUAAAAUAGCAUACCUGCCUGAUAAUAUGAGCCAUGUAGGCUGUGAACUAUAGCCUUUGGUGAAAGAGGCAGACCUAAAAAUACUACUUUUUGCCGACAUGUUAUUGGGCUCCUUUCUGGAGGGGAACAUUAGCAGGGUGUGUGGCAUGCGCAGACCUCAAAAUUUAAAAAAGGUCUUAAGUCUUAAAUGUAUCUUGGUGAAGCCUGCAGAUGAUAACCUGUGUUAACACAUAUUCCAUGUGUUUAAGAUUAAUUGUUAUGUGUUGGGUGUAAUUUCUCUCCCAGCGUCUGGAGGAGAUUAUGAAGAGGACACGUCGCUCAGGCCCAGCGGAGAAGGUAGGAACCACUAAUACAUAAUUAACUGGACAUGUGCUUUACAAGGAGUAAAAUGAUCUCACUCUCUCUCGCUCUCUCUCUCUCUCUCUCUAGAAAACCACUCCUCACAAGAACGUAGACGAAUCCGGUAACUCCCUACCGAUCUGUCCUCUCAGUGGUCAGUUCUGUGACUAGUAUAUGUUCAGUCCCAUAUUCACUGUUCUUCUUAUAAUGAGUAUCUCUGUGUGUUUGUGAUUGGUUGUCGUUCUUGGUGUUUGUUUGUGAUUGGUUAUGUGUGUUUUUCUCCAGCGUCGAGCUGUGAUUCUCCAGGCCCCUUA